GAAUGGGCCACAAUCAUGUUUCAAAAUCAUUUGUAGUCGACACAGCCGCCAGCACUGCAAUACAGAUGAGAUGAAGAUUCUCGGAGUUAUAGCCCUUUUCGUCAUAUGCGCAUGUGCGUUUGGCUUGCCACAGCUGGGACAAAUCCUUUGGACCAAUAAGUAUCCUCCUGGCUAUGGCCCAGUAGUAACCGGCAUAAAGGCAGCCAUCGCCCUAACUCCUUGCACUCCCGAGCGAACUCCCAGUACCUAUAACUUCCGCUCGAAUGACGAAUGCAACCGGAAGUGUGCCGGACAUUGUGCCAGCUGCAAUUCGACGUGUAUCUUCAGCCACCGAUGCGUCUGCGGAGCUAGCACCUACUGCACCUGGGAUCCCGACACAUCCAAACAUCGGCCAGGAGCUCCGAUCCCACAAGUAUGCGAGCCCAUUGAGAACUUCAUAGGACGCUAUUAACGUGUACUAAUAAUUAAUUACAAAACAAUUGAGUAAUAAA